CUUUUCAUUUAUUAUUUAAAUUUUGAACCAAACCAAACUCCAACUAACCAAAGUGUCUUAUCUCUUCAGUUCUGACCUCACUGCUGAGCUGCCCAACAAACCAAGCCUCUCUGACUGUGAGUCCCAGCAGCUCUCAGAUGUUUGAAGGACAGUCUGUCUCUCUGAGCUGUGAGGAGGACAACAGCUCUGCUGGAUGGACUCUGAGGAGGAACACAACCAAAGAAACCAGGACUCAGUGUGGAGAUGGCUGGGGAAAUCCUGCUGGUUCUUCCUGUAACAUCAGCUACAUGGUCCCUUUGGACAGUGGAGUUUACUGGUGUGAGUCCAGAGAGGGAGCAACCAGUAACAGCAUCACCAUCACUGUCACUGGUGGACCAGUGAUCCUGCAGAGUCCUGUCCUCCCUGUGAUGGAGGGAGAAGACCUCACUCUGACCUGUAAAACAAAGACGUCCUCCAACCUCCCAGCUGGUUUCUAUAAAGAUGGUUCCUUCAUCAGGACUGAGCCUGCAGGUCACAUGACCAUCCACCAUGUUUCCAGGUCUGAUGAAGGCCUCUACAAGUGUCUCAUCAGCAGUGUUGGAGAGUCUCCACCCAGCUGGGUCUCUGUCACAGAGAAACCAAAGACCACAAGCCCUCCUACGAGUUCGCCACCGGCCCCUGAAACAACCUCAGCUCCACCCCCAGCCUCAGACCCCCUCCACCUUGUGAUCAGACUGGUCAUCCACCUGGUGGUGUUCUGUCCGUACUGCAUCUCCACUUUCAUCAUGGUGUCUUUAUAUCGACACAGGGCCACAGGAAAUGACCUGCCCAUCUCUGUGGUGAUGACCCCACCCAGACAGGCUGAGGAGGGAUUGGAUGAAGACUAUGAUGUCAUCACUGCUGUCACCACGGAGCAUCACUUCUGAACUGAUCUGAAAAGAAGCUCAAAUGUUUCAAGUCCUCAUGAAUCAGAAAGAGUGGCAGCCUCAGAAAGCUUCCCUGUGGAUCUCCACAUGUUUUAGUUUGACCUGUAGAUGGAGGAUGUUAACCUAAGACCAGUUCAGUCCAAAGAUUUGUGAUCAAACUAUUUUUAACUUGCAGCUUCUUGUAAUGCUUCAGUCUGCAGCGUUUUGAAACCUGUUAGUUUACACCAAUGAGAUGAGAUGGUGUAUCCUCGUUGAGCUCCUGUCUAAAAUUCCGCUGACAGUUUGAUCAUUUCAUUUCUAUAGUUUGCAGCUGAUUUGACUGUUACAAAACCAGCCUCUGAAAACGUAACCAGCUGAGUCGCAGCGACACCAUCAGCUUGUUUUAGUCGAGCUGAAACGGGCCACUUCAGAAGUAAAGGUUAUUUUCUCGUUGCAAACGUUGCUCUGAACUGGACUUUAGUAGCAGAUAGUUGUUCAGAUUCUGCUGUAAGUCGUGUUGUUGUUGGUCAUGUCUCUUUAAAUGUCAAGUUUUCAAUCUCUUCAGAUCAAAUAUAUUAAAAUGAUGAGCAUCUUU